AUGAAAGCAAGAAAUCUAAGUUUGUCUCAUUUCAACAAAUUAUUAUCUACUUCUCACAGCACGUGCAUUGAUUCAUGCAAAACUAUAAGAUCAAGAAAAUUUGAAGUUGAGGAAAAUAACAAAUCUGCAAGGCACAUCCAACAGUUAAUCGACAAUUGUUCAGACUUUCAAAAGAAAUUAUUAGCAACAAAGGAUAGUUUCUGCCAAAAUCAAGAAAAUCAAUCGCAUUAUGUAAAUAAAAUCAUAUCGAAAAAUUACGAAGAAUCCAAGCCGUUUUAUAAAAACGAUAAAGAGUAUAUAAAAGGAAAAUUGAGAAUUGCUCAUAAAAAAGAAAUCCAAGAAAAAGCAAGAAAAGCUCAAAAAUCGUCACGCUUAUCCUGAGAUCAGUUUUCUGAGGUUUCUAAAUCCCCCCUUUAAAUUUGAACAAAACAUCAGUAAAAUUUGCAUUUUUUGGAUACUUUAACUGAACAGAAUAUGUUUUCAAUAUGAAAAUAUUAUCAACGAAAAUACGAAUUUUUUAUAAAAAAAUGUCAUUUAAACAGUCUUCACACUGAAUCGGUUAAUUUUUUUUUAAAUUCCUCAUAAAAAUAGAUUAAAAUUUAAAGUAUUGCUCUCAUUUUAUUUUUUUUAAAAAAUAUUUUUAUUAAAUAACGAUGACCUCCCCCUCAAUCUUCAUGUCUACUGCAACAAAAUUUUUUCGAAAAAAUCCUCAUGCCUACUGCAACUAAACAUUUUUAUAAAACAAAUUAAUGCAUUUUUCUCUAGGUGAGUUUCUCAAAAAAAACAUAAAACAGCACUACUGUAGGUGUGUCAAUGACUUUCUCAUCGAGAUUUGGACGGCUAUUGCCAUCGCUCGCCAUUUUAUUAAACUUAUCUAGCUAAAAAGUACGGAAAAAUUUAAGAUGCGCAUCGAAAAUUUGUUGCAAGAGGAUUAGGAUUAUUACAGACAGGCGCUAGCCAUAUUGAUGACGCAGUCAUUAAAGACCUCCCAUCUGAAGGUUCUACUGCUUUUUGACUCCAGCCCAGAGGAUCUAUCCAUCUUACGAGUGCCCUUCCGGUACCUUCUGUCUCCUCCUUGCCUUGGGAGUUCAGUCUUGAGUGAGCGGCUUAUGGAUUUCUGCGGUCCUGCUACGGGCGAUUGGAGUAGCUUGAUUCCAAGGAUCAGCUCUUGGAGUCUAUUGGGUAUCAUCGACAACUACACGAAAAAGACUGUUCCCCUGUGGCUUGGGCCGAAACCCCCAGUUUCUCGUUAGAAGAAUACCCAUGGGUCCUCGGAUCCAAAGGACAUUGUUUGAGCACCUCCAUUUCCAACUACAGGAAAGCAGCCAAAACCUACCCGGAUGCACACUUCUUGAGCCUGCGUCUGAUUCUCGGCUCGGAGUCCGUCCCAGUUCGCUGUAGCCAUAAGGUCUGGACUGCUGCGCCAAGAGGGCAGGUUGACACGUGUCGCCAUUUUAAUGUAUAUAAUUUGUUGCAAGAGACAUGAAAAUUAUUAUUUUUUUUAUAUAAAAUUUUAUAUUAAAAAAUUGCAUUUUUGUUGCAAUAGACAUGAAGAUUGAGGGGGGGGUCAUCGUUACUAAUUUUUGUAAAACUAGUUUUACAUAAUUUAAUCAAAAAACACAAUAGAAUAUUAUUUACUAUUUACAUAAAUAAAUUAAAAUUAUCAAUAUUAUAUUGUUUUAAGAUUUUCUAAGUUUUUUUUUUAAAAAAUAAAAAUCACUCACUUUUAAAUUGGAACCUUUUUUUUGUUCCCAAUUUUAAAAGGGGGGAGUAAAGAGUUUGAAAAGCGAGAAUUUGGGAAGAUUAAUUCUUCUUCAGAAGAUAAACGCCAUCUUUCUGAUUUGUAUUUAUCAACGUUCAACUUAACUUCUGCAAGUGAAUUUGCAACAAGCCCCAAAGUUCCUGGCUACAAAAAACAAGAAAAAUUGAUUUUUGGGAGAAUAAAACGAGAUUCUGUGCCUAGCCUAUUUGAUAAAAAAAUGAGAAGAGAAAUCACAAUGACGCUGAAAAAAGAGGCUCACUUGUCGACAGAUUUUAAUUCUCCUGAUAUAAAAGAGCCUCUAUCUGCUAAAGAAACCAAAGCAGAAUAUGAAAAAAUUAUAAUGGCUGAUUUUAAUAUAUUUUCUAUAUAUAAAUGAUUUAUUUUUACUAUUUAUAAAACGGUAUUGAUUAUUUGCAAAAUUAUAAAAAAAAUCAGAACUUUUACACAUAAAAUCAAUUUAGAAAAAAUAGUCCGGCUGAAGCUAAAAAGGCUGCUCCACAGUGUAAAUCAGCAUUUCCCAUUAAUUAAUUUAAACAAUCGUUUAUAG